AUGUUUUGGCGUAUGGCCGGAUUGUCCACUGCAUCUCCUGUGAGUUUUGCGUCUUCAUUCGAUUUUCUUUCUGAUUUUCGAUCUGUGCUAAUGCCAUUUAUUGAUAAUUUGAAGUAUGGGUUUCUUGCUGAAACAAAGGAGAAGAUUGCUGCAAAUUUGGCAAACUUUGCCUAUGAUCCAUAUAAUUAUUCAUUCAUGCGUCAGCUUAAUGUUUUGGAACUCUUCCUAGAUUGCAUAACAGAACCAAAUGAGAAGCUUCUUGUUGAAUUUGGAAUGGGAGGCGUCUGCAAUUCUUGUGUGGAUCCAGCUAAUGCCGCUGUUAUUACUCAGUGCGGAGGAAUCCCUCUUGUCGUUCAGUGUUUAUCAAGCCCAGUCAGAAACACAGUGAAUUAUGCUCUGGGGGCCCUUUAUUAUCUUUGUAACAAGUCUAACAGGGAGGAGAUUUUGAAGCCUGAAGUAAUUGAUGUCAUUGAGCGUUAUGCUGAAGCUCAAACUGUAAAUGUAAGCUUCAGUAACCUGGCCAAAGCAUUUCUUGACAAGCAUGCUUGUUGAGGACAAGGUACGUCUCUCUUUUAUCGAUCAUUGAUACCCCAUGAAGGAGUAUAUAUAUACCACUUUUAGGUAGCCCAAUAGAAGUUUUUACUUCAAAAAUUGCACGAAGGCAUCGUUUUA